UCACUCUUCUGCAUUGUUAGAUUAUUGUCAAAUUGUUUCUUCAAUUUAUUUUGUCGUUACGGGAUUUGGCUGUCUCUUUAUUUGUUGUUUAUUUAGUUUGAGUAUAGAAAAUAUGUACUCUACAUUCGUUUGAGUUGUUUUCUUAAAAUUAUACAGUCAAACUAAAUAUAUGGCACUCAUUAAACUCUUUUUACAAAAAAUAUUACAAAAAUUGCAGCAAUGUCAGAUGAUAAAUGUAGAAAAGAUCAAACCUCUGAAACCACAAAUGCUAAGAGAAGAGCUAGGGAACGGGAGUUAUAUAAGCUAAUGCCACCUGAAAAAAAGGAAGCAUGUUUAGCCCGACGGCGGGAAUUAUAUAAGUUAUAAGUUAAUGGCGCCCGAAAAAAAUGAGGCAUGUUUAGCUCGACGACGGGAGUUAUAUAAGCUAAUGACACUUGAAAAAAAGGAGGCAUGUUUAGCUCAGCAACGAGCAAACAAAGCUAAAAUAAAAAAGCAAUGUCUGCAUGACAAUUCAGUUCUAGCUAAUUCAGUUAACCCAUCAUCCUUUGAAGUUAGCACUUCUUUUGCAGAGCAGGCUUCAUCUGUUGUAAGACGGUCACUGCUUCUUGGUGAAACAGGAUCGUCAUCAGGCACAAAACCUACACAUCAUGGUAAAAAGUCAGUGAUCACUACAAAUCAAGAAUCGUCGUCAAGCACAAAGCCUACACAUCAUGGUAAAAAGUCAGUCAUGACUACAAAUGAAGGUUGGUUCCAACCGUUUCACUAAAAACAAUAUUUGUCACACAUUCCUUAAAUUGCCUAUUAUUUCGUGCUUACAUUAAAGUUUAAUAUGCAGAAAGAGAUUUCAUACAAGUUGGUACCUUAAGUAGUGCAGAAGCAAAAACCAGCUAUAUUAGCUUGAAAGAUGUUCCGAAUUGUGAAUUUUGUGGAGCCAAAAAGUUUGAAUAUGAACCACCUGCAUUUUGUUGUAGUAAUGGUUCGAUUCACUUAAUUUCAUAUCAAAUGCCACAAGAGUUAAGAAAUUUGUAUUUAGGAAACACUGAGGAAUAAAAGGAAUUUCGAACUUACAUUAGAACACACAUUCGCUUUCACUUCACUCGGAGUAACUUAUGAU